AUGUUUCUUGACUUCCUGAUCUUCUCCACUGCCAAUUCACAACGAUCAGAAAGUCACGACGCAACGGCGACCGAGGGUGUGGAAGUGGCUGCGGCGGCAGCUACAACAAUAGCCAUUGACAAAAUGACAACUGAAGGCAAACAAAGUGCGCAAACCGCAAACGAAUUACAACAAAAGCAGCAACUAAUUGUUGGCAACUUACUGACAACAGCCAACAAACAACAACCAAUAAGCAACAACAAAAGUGCAAACCAACCAAGCGUCGAAGCGACGGUAAACGACGUAGACGGCAAUGCAACGCACUGCUUUGUUGAUAAUAAUAAAAGUCUAAGCGACAACAACAAAACAUGCAGUCGUAGCAGCAACAGAAAUGGGAGCUACAACGGAAAUGCUUGCGGUGCCAGCAGGAGUAGUGCCGCUGAUGAUAGCAACCACUUUUGGCCGAUUGUUGGCAGCGAAAAUGAAAACGAAACGCUUCAGUGCACAAUGCUGGCAGACAUAGAAGUGGAAGCACCAACAGCAGCGGCAUUUGAACCCAUCGAAUGCAAUGGCGGGGAAGAAUGCGUUGAGGCUGAAAUUUUGUUGCGCCUAGGGAACGUUUACGGAAUACAACGGGCAAGUGACGAAGUGGGAUUAACAAAAACAAAAGAGAGUAUGAGCAACGGGACAGCAAUAAUAACUGGCGAAGCAGCAGCAGCAGCAGCAGCAAAAGAAACAGUGAAUAGUUUUGCAUUGACAGGCCAGUUUAGCUUAGCGGAAAUGGCAACGGCAACGAGUACAGUGACAACAACAGCGGACACAACAUUUGGGUGGCUGCCAUGGCUGCUGCACGGUGGUGGCAUAGAGAGCAAAGCUGGCAUGCCAUUGCUGCGCACAGGUGGGAGAGCAGGCGCAUGCGCUUUGGACGCGAUACCAUCGAGAACAACGACGAUGAUGGCGGCGUCGGCGUCGGCGGCGACGGAGGCAGCAAUAAUCACUGUGACGAGUGCGACUUGUGCUCUUGCCACAACAACAACAGCAACAGCAACAACAAAAACAAAUACACUGUGCCAUGCCACUGACCAGAAUACAGGCAACCCAUGGCAGUUAAGCUUUGACGACGACCAGUAUGCCAGCGGCUGCAUACAGCAAAGAGUCACCAACUUGAAUGUGAGAACCGCAAGCGUGAGGGACGUGACGAAAUCAACUUCGUCAUCGAUCGAAAACAAUUCACCACAACGAGUAGCGUUUACGUGCACGAAGGACUAUGCCACUACGAACGCCAUUUUCCCCACAACACAACACAUCGGCGCGACAUGCCAACAGGCUGAGGACGUGACAUCGGCAAAGGGUGACACAACAAAGUCCUUACAACAGCAACAACCAGCAGCUAGCGAAAGCCCCAUCAUCAUCAUCAAUAGCAGCAGUAGCAGUGAAAGGAGCUGCGAUGGCAGCGUGGUGAAUGUGAAAGCACAUAGAACAGCAGCCAGUCGAGCCAGCGGCGACCAACACGACGAGGACAACGACAUACGAGUACGACGUGUGGCUGGAGCAGCAGCAGCAGCUGGAGCAGCUGAGACGAAAUUUUUUUCAAACUAUAGAAAAAAUUGGAAAACUGUGAAAAAUACCAAAGCAGCAAGCCAAGUCGGUGUUUUAGUGGAUAACGGCACUGCAAGUGAUUGUGAAAAUUUAUUGUGUAGUGAAAUUCGACAAAAAGCCAGUGCUGAUAACUGCUAUUUAUAUAAUUUUAAGGCCCUGAAUGGUGAAUGGUGUAUCUGUGAAGCAGCAAAUUUGUUGGCUGGCUGCGAAGACGACAGUGAGGUCAAUAAAGGGGGUGGUGGCGACGGCGACGGUGUCGUUGGAAGCGCUGCUGUGCGCCUUGAUGACGGUACCAGUAGAAGUACCAGCGCCAACGCCAGUGCCAGUGUCGAUACCAUAAAGGCCAUUCAUGAAAACAUUGAAAAAGUAGAAGAAAGUAAAGUUGGUGAAAGUCGAAGUCGAAAGUGGUGUCAGGGGCAAGCGAAUGAAUGCGAACUUAGAUUGAAUACAAUUGAAAACGUUGAAGAAAAGGAAAAAGGCUUUCAAGAGCCUAUCGAACAAAAAACAGAUACAGCUGGAAACGACGACGGAGGGCGCUACUUCGUCACAAACAGGCAGGCGGAGGCUGAAAAACUCCACAAGGGCCACUUUUCAUGCGAAUUGUCUACACUCGUGGCGACGAACGAGGCACAGCAACAAAUAGAGAAAGAACAGCUGAAAGCAGAAAGUAUAGCAAACACCAAAGAGAUAAGUGAAAUAAAAACGAAAGAAACGAAAAAUCAUAAAGGAAAAGAAGUAGAAAAACGAAACGACGAAGUAAGUGUAGCUGAGUAUGAAAAAUGCCCGCAUCAAUGCGACGUGAUUUGCACAAAUAAGCCUGCUCAGCAAAUUUGUGGCAAACGACUCAUCCCCCACACGCAUCAAAGGCAGCCGAGGCAGGACCAGUCGCCAGCAGCGGAGAGCUACAGCAGCUGGGAGGUAGGCGCAUAUUUCAAUUCAACGAAUACGCAACGAGCGCAACGAAUACAUAAUUCGCAACAGCAAUUCACACAGCAGCAGCAGCAGCAGUCACUGCUAAAGCCCGAUUACACGGCCGCCAAUGUUGAGCUCGUUGAAUAUAGCAACGACAACGAAUUAGUAACUAAAGUGAUUGAUGAAAACUCCACGCGGGGGCGACACAGUACAACAGACGAAGCCUUAGCGAGGCCACCGCUCCUAAGCGAGCAGGAGAGAGAAGAGUGCUGGCAAGAGGUUUCAGUCGGAAAAGCAACAGCAGCGAGCCAGUUUAGAGAGGGGCAAGAAGUAGCGCAAAAUUGCAGCCCUGACUGUGAAGUUAUUAAUGAAAACAAGACUGCCUACGCGGCCAACCCUACUGCGGUCGUACACAGAGCCAGCCCCACUGCGAACGAAGUAGCGAGGACGCGUAAGCAUAAAUCGGCGAUAGAAGCAAAAGAAAGCAGACAAAGCGACGCACAAGAAAGCAAAGAGGAAAAAGUAAGCGAAAAUUGCAGAACGCGAGGAGAGCAGGAGUCGCAGAAAGAAGCAUUUUUUAAGUGUACAAGUGCUCUUGGUGGUGGUGGUGGUGGUGUUGCUAAUAUAGGGCGGCGCAGCCACACCACUUGCGAGGCACCUGAAAGUGCAAGUAAUCAAAGAGAUAAGUGGGCAAAAGGAGGCGCUAACGACAACACAUCAACACAUCAAGCGGUCGAACAAGUGGCAAAUGUUGCCAUAGAAGCCAACGCCGAGAAUGCAAAAGUGUUUAAAGAGGUAAGUGCGACAAGCACACAACGCACUUCAAGCUUAGCUAAAGCACCACAAAGUGAAAGUACCACACGACAACUGCGUCAGGGGUUGGAGCUUGGGCUGUAUUGGGGCAAUUUAGUUCAAGUUGCAACACAGCAGCAACAGCAAACUAUUGACGAAGAAGUAGCAAAAACUAUAACUGCACGUCGAUUACCGCAGAAGCACACUCGAGAAAGUGCAGCACAAAAGGGGUCACAACAGCUGGAUUCGCUAGUUGAAUGCGAAAAAUAUGGGGAAUGCGCUGAUAUAAAACCGCAACAGCUAGACAAUACAAACCUAAGUGAGGCAGAUAAACUACUUUUGAAUAGGCAACACUUAGCCGAAGCGUGUACCCACUAUAGCGCGGCGCACGUCGCACACGCAGCCCCCAAGGGAACGCUUAACGUGUCAGCACCAUCAUUAGCAGAGGGUGCCGUCGGUGGUAGAGACGAAUUUGCGGCUAGUCAACGCUUGCAACGUUUGCAACAACAUUUUCGUGGAUUAGUAUGCGUGACACGCAAUCAUUUUAAAGACGAGCACGAGCCCCAAUAUGACAACGGCAACUUUGGCCACGACGACGUGCAUGCUAAUGAAGUGAGCGCAGGGGAGGUAGAGCAGCAGAAAUUACAGAAAAGCGAUAGAGACUACUACGAGGGCGACGGCAACGGAGACGAAGUAGCUUGUUCAUCAGACAAAUUUUUCUAUACGAAACGGCAGGCAGACGAAGCAGCGAAGUACGAAGAAGCCUUGAAAAGCAGUGAAAGCAAACACUUCGAAGGUAAGCUUGGUACUAAAGGUUGCUUGGCAGAGGGAGACGCAUACGCGCGGCAAAGCGCUGACAGUCAGACGUCGCAGCAGAUAAUUGAAAUACCAAAGGACAACAACAACAACACCGGCGGAGGAGGUCUAGUGGACCUAACGGAAGAAGAACAGGAGGCAGAAACUGUUGUUGUAUUGCUCGAUAGAGCAAAACCAGCAGCAAGAACAGCAAAAAUAAUAACAACAACACUUGCGGUUGGCCAAAUCGCAGACAAAAGACGAAAUUGCAGCAACAGUGGUGGCGUAAGGUCGCCACAGUGGAUAAUAGCAGCUACGACAAACGACAAAGGUGACUUAGGCGUUGAAAAGCCAAGUGCAAUCCAAUUAACAGCAGAAACUCGUUGCAACAGCAGCAGCGUUAAGUUAGCGGACAACAACAAUAAUCGGCGAAAUAAAAAUAGUAAUUGUAAUCAACAAAAUAAUUUCGAGAGAAUCAUCAACACUUUUAGACAACCGAGCAGCGAGUGCGCAGCAGCCACAGCGCAGGAAUUCAACGAACCAAGUGAAAGUAACGAGCGCCUAGCGGAAGCAAGAGCAACAGCAGCUGGCGAGAGUACAACAGAGCGCCGCUCAAUUGAAUGCUGCGAAAAGCAACGAGCGGAGGCACUUGACUCGCUGCUAGCGACUAGUGAUAGUGGUAAACUAACGGUACACAGUACAACCCCAACUGAGGUAGGAAUAACUACAGUUAGUCAAGAAGAUAAACCACCAGAAGAGGAAGAAAAGAAAGCGGAGGACGAGCAGAAGAGCGCGGCGACGAGAGGAGCAACAGCCACCCCAAAGCAAACAGCAAAUUCGAAUGCGACUGUGAAUGCCAGCAGUAUACAAAACGCUACAACAACAACAGCAACCAUUGAGGCGCGAAUAAACAAUAACAAAAAUCGCGUGGAAAUACUUGAACAGCCAACGCGACAUAAACAAAGUGGUGGUGGCAUAGCAGGCGCAUCGUCAGCGACGUCAACCCACAACGCAGAGUCACGCGAACUUGCACUGACCAACGCAACAGAGAAUUCAACGGCUACAACAACAACAACUGUAGAAAGUUUUGCUAACUCAAUAGUCAGUAAUCGCCCUUUGAAUCCAACGAAAACCGCAACAUUUGCACAGGAACAGUGCCAACUUUUGAACUCACAGCCGGAAGCGCAUUUAGAAGCGCCAUCGCCAUCGCCAUCGCCAUCUUCACCACCGCCACCACCACGUCCGCCACCGCCCAAAGCGGCUUUGAAUUUUGGUCGGUUAAGCGCUUUUGUUGCCACAAAACCCUCAAGUGAACAACAUUUUCCAGCGGCAACCGGACCGUUUUUGUACUGCAAUCACGUCAGUAACAAAAACUGUUGUGUCUAUAACCAUUUGAGUCCCUACGUACCCCCCGCCAUCUAUCAGCCCAUAUACGAGUACGCGUUUUAUCCGCUUGCGGGCAAUUCGCUAUACGAAUUUGAUGCGCGUCGAUUGAGUGAUAUCAUCGGUGGCGGAUACGCAGCAACAACAACAACAACAACAACAACAAAAUCAACACCAGCAGCAACACAUCACUGUGUGCCAUUGUCCGUUGUCGGUGUGGACACAAAUCAAAAUUUCGUACGCGACACAAAGAAGUGUGAAUUCAAUCGUAUCGGCGGCGGCUGUGACGGCCAAGGUAGCAACGUCGCUUUAAAGCCGCUGAAUUUGCUGAACGGUGGUGUUAGCGCGUUUGCAAAUUCCGACGCCUUCGAAUGUUACGACGAAUUAUUCGAUGAAGUGUCUUCAAUCGGUAUUGACACAGACGUGUACGCGAAUAGUGAGACCGCUGAAACAAAUUCGAUUUGUGAUUGUGUGAAUUGUGCGAUUGAACAAAAUGCAAAUCAGUUGCUGAACAACAGCGACAACAUUAACAGAAGCAACAACAACAACAACGAAAACGACAUUAGUGUGUAUAAUUUGAAAAACGGUAAAAGCAAUUACGUUCAUUUAAAUCAAAGUGUAUCGGGCGCAUCAGACGUGCCCGCACGCCCAAUAAAUUGUGUCACCACCGGCGACAUCAACACCAAAGUAUCUCUAAGUGCAACAAACGUGCGGACGCAAGUGUCCAAUCGAAACCAAAAAAUCGAAGACCCCAAUCAAAGCCACAACCAAAGUUUAAAUAUUGUAAACACAGUCGCCGCUGCUGCCAUCAACGCCACAAGCGCCGUUACAGCCGUCAAAAUGCGUGAAGUGAACGGUCAGUUGCGCGGUCUGCUCAAAAAACCGAAUCGUCCGCCGCCGGCGCGUAAAAAUCGUGUCGUCUUCGAUGAGACACGCAACGAAUUCUUCGAGGCGGAUUAUAUUAUUUUGAUACGUGAGGAUUGCGCCUACGAUGAGGAGGAUGAAGAGCCGUGCACAUGCGGCGAACACGAAUUGGUGCGUUUGUGCUGUGAGGAGGGCUGCCAAUGUAAUUACUCCGCCACGGUGGCUGCGGGCGUUGGAGGCGGGGGAGGUGGUGUUGGUGGGCCCGGCGAUGAAACACGCACACCGCAGAGUCCCAAAUACGCGCCACCUAUUGAGUUUGUCGAUGAGGCCGCACUCAGUCCGCCCGAUGGCUACAAGGACAAUGGCUUAAAGAAUACCCUCGGUGGCGCGCUAAGCGGUCACAUCUUUGGCGCCCAACACAUCCAACAGCUACAGGUCAUCCAGAGAUUGCAGCAACAAAGGGCCGCCAUGCUGGCUGCACGCAAUAAUAAUCAAAUUCCGCCGCCGCCGCCACCAGUUGGGAGUGCAGCACUCAGUCAGCACCAUCAGCAGCAGCAUCAGCAGCAGCAACAAGCAGGGCAGCAAGCGCAACAACAACAGCACCAGCAAUUACAGCAACAACAUUCGCCAGACGAUGACUCGCUGGGCGUUUGCACUGAGUGCGCCGAAUGUGCCGAGUGUGCUGCCAAGCAGCUCCAGGAUACAGAAUGCACUUCACCACAAUGCCAAGAGGAGCUAACACCAAUCGGUGUAUCGGCCGUUGCACUGUUGCCAUUGCACACCAGUUCACCCGAGCGUCGCAUUACACAGAAAGAAAUCAUUGCCGGCGAAGAGCGUCCCAAAUAUGUGCUCCAAUCGCAGUAUAAACCAUCGCCAGUGACCGAGCGGCGCAUUGUGCGUGAGGCCAGCGAGGAUGUGACGGCCGGCGCCGAUCUCUUGCCGCCAACAUUGCCAACAAAGCCAAGCGGCGCUGUUAGUGGCGGCACUGCCCAACAGCAGCAGCCACAACAAACAUCUAAUGCAGGCGGUGAAGUCUGCGAUGAGGAAAAACCGCCACCCAUACCACCAAAGGAGUCGUCACCCACACAAAUUAGCGGUAUUCUGAAGGGCGGCAAAUUGUGGAAACAGGACUCAAUGUCACAGUCCGAUGACCAGAAUAACACCACUUCCGAGGAUGAAGGUGGCACCACAAAGCGUUCGGUGCGUUUUGUUACUGAAGAUUUGGCCGUUGACGGCGAGGGUCAGACAACUGGCGUCGCCGAUGAAGGGGAGAAUCAGAUAAACGAACUCAUACCGAUCAAGAAACAUUCCACAUUAUUCAAUAACGCAUUACGUCCCAAUUCCGCCGUACGCCAGUUGUUCCCGAGCGUCGCUCACCAAACACCGGUGCUCACCUCAGAAGCAUUACGAGCAUUUGACGAGUCCAAGCGUGCUGGUUGUUUGGUGCCAAAUCUACCCGGCUGUGGUGAUACGGACACGCUAAGGCGUAGCAUUGAGCGCAACAUAUUGCGACGAUCGUUGAUCAAGAAAAAGGCCGUCAAAUCGGAUAUUUCGCUUGAGGAGCGCAUUAAACAGUUGACCUGUGACAUCGAUGAAACGAAUGAGGAUAGCGCUGCGGAGAACGGUGAUGAGGAAAGCUCGAAAUUAGCUGCGGAAGCCAACUGCGAAUUGAUGCAUCGCGGCAGUCCUAUGGGCGAAGAGAAUCCACAGAAAUUCGUCAACGGCAACAGCGAUAAAAGCUUUUCGCCCAGCUCGUCAGUUUCGAGCUCAUCGAGUGGCUCAUCGGCUUAUAAAAAGAUCUCCGACAUAUUCAAUCGUGACAAGAAGCAAGAAAAGAUACUAGAAAUGGAAGAGAAUCCCAUAGUUAUAAUACCUCAGGAAUGCCGCUGCCCGGCCGCACCCGAUCUCGGCAUGGGCAUACAAGUACCCGUCGUACAUACCCAAAUUCAUCGCACACCACCACGUCAAGUGGAGCCCAAACGUCAAUUCCUCUCCACACUAGCACCACUAACCGCAUGUGUGGCUGGCAACAAGGACGACCUUUCAUCCUACUACACCUUGGCUGCGGCACAUCAUAGCGGCCAUGCGGCCAAUAAUGCACAAUUCGCUGAAUUCAAUUUGGGUGGUGCCAAUUUGAGCGAACAGACAGGCGGUGGUAACCAGGGCGGCAGCGGUGGCGGUGGUAGUGGUAACGGUUGCGGCGGCGCUACCGAUGAAGUACGCAAGGUGGCGCCCGAUGUCAUUGCUGGCACGCCCGGACAGGAGCAGCAAGAUGAAUUGGCAGCAUUUGCACAGCAGGAUGCCAAUCGUACGGAAAAGAUUAAAAAGCGCUACACCAACGAAAACUCCAACAAUAGCUCUGAUGAUGAUGAGCAAAAUGAUUAUGGCUUUAAUAAGCGCCCGUCGGUGCGCGGCAUCAAACCGAAGUUUAGUUCCACCAAUGAGAUUUUACAACAAAUGCAGGAGCAAUUAAAUCAGCAGAUGCCAAGCGUUGCUGUGGGGCAGCCCGUCAACCAGGCCAUCAAGAGCUACACGCUGCCAAAGCAAGCCUCCACAAGUUCCAUGACCAAACAGAUCUCACAAAAUCCCUCUCCACAAAAUGUGCCACAUCCCGUGAGUGUUGUACAGCAGCAGCAGCAGCAGCAGCAACAACAGCAGCAGCAACAACAACAACAACAGCAGCAGCAGCAGCAGCAGCAGCAACAACAACAACAACCACCCCAACAGCCACAACCGCCAUCUCAAGUGAUGGUCGGCCAGCAACAGCAACCACAGCCCCAAGCAGUCCAAGUGCAGGCCAAUACCAUCGCCCAACAGCAAACCGAACAGCGCACUUGGAGUUUCUACACGGACGGCGGUGCUGAACAACACCGACUGCCCAUUGAAGGUGCAGGCCUACAGCAGGCAUACUACCAAACAUUGCCAGGUGGUGCAAUGUUCCGCCAAACAAUUAUGCAGCAGGGUCAGGACGAAACGGCAAUGAUGUACGCCGCACAAAAUUGCCAAAGUGUCACCGCUAUUGAGCAGCAACAUUACGGCCACUAUGCACGCAGUCCGACUCGACGUCCAGAGUCGCCACCACCGCUGCGCAAUUACCACCAAACAAUGGUGUUGAUUCCCUACAACGCACAGACCUACUCACAAUAUGCCGCCUCCAACAUAGAUCCGAAAGUGGCGCACAUCCAACGCCAAAAUAUACUGGAGUAUCAGCAGGUAACCCAGCAGACGAUUCGCGUUCCCAUUGGCUAUGCGCUGCCCGGCAUGCAGCUUCAUGUGAUGGCUGGACGUGGCCAUGCAGCAGCACACUAUGCGCAACAUGCGCAACAGGCGGUGGGUGUUGAAGCUGCGGCGGCCGCCCAUCCACACCAGCAUCCGCAUGCACCGCAUCAGCGCAUCAUGGCACAGCGCUAUCAGUUCGCACAGGAGGGCAAUAUACCUGGUUUCAGUGAGCGUGGCGUACCGGAAGGCGCGGCCGCGGUGUCGCACACCGAUUGUCACAGCAUGGUGUCGCCCACCGCCAGCCAGGCAGCGGCUGUGCAACAGCAAUUGCAGCAACAACUGCAACAACAACACCAGCAGCAACAACAACAGCAACAGGCGAACAUUGCACAACAACAACAACAGCAGCAGCAAGCAGCACCACCACCGCCGCCAAAUGCCGGACAAGCUACCGCUGCCGCCGCCGCCGCCGCCGCCGCCGCUGCCGCUGCCGCUCAAGGUUCCGUCUAUUAUGCGAUGAACGUAUGACCCGCGGCCGAUUAGUCGGCGCCAACGGCGGCGGUCAUUGUAGAGCGCCGUCAGUGUCAACGCGUCGAAAUGUCGUCGGUACAGCUGAGCACACGGUAAACUGCAAUGGGAACAGGUGGCGGAGCCCGGGGCGGGUCAAGUCUAUAGGAGAGUUUAGUAUUAAGGAAAAGGUAAAUUGAUGGGGCACAUGCAAUGUGAGCGCGUGGUAUGGCAAGAAAAUUGGCCAUGCCAUGCCAAGUAGGCAGGGGUUAUUUUAGUAGAAAAGCAUAGCAUGAAUUUGCAUGCAACCAACCAGCAACGAGGGAAUUUAAUUAGAAACGGUUUAGAAUUACAUAAUUGUGUAGUAGUUAUAACUAUAGUUAAACGUAAAUUAUUAUGAGUGGAUUCAAGCAUAUAAAUAUUAACUUUAGAAAC